UGAGCAACAACAACAAGCGCUACCCAACAACUUAAACGCGGGUGUAACGCUACUGACAACGCCAAGCAACACUCAUAAUUACAAAAUGCAACUGUCGAAAUAACUCUUGCGUUCGUUUCUUAGUGCUUCGCCCCGAAAACCGGCUUAUCGUCGCGACCAGCACCGCGGAACAAACACGAAGACUCGGCCGCAGGGGGAACAGGGCAGUUCGGGGCUGCAUCUGGGUCAGUGGGCCUAUCGGUGGCUGUACCGGUGGUUUUGUCAUCCCUGCAGUGUCCCGUUGCACCUGUCAUUCGUUCAUAUAUACGUCGUGUCACCUGUAUAAACCGUGGCAACAUGCAGGCUAACGGGGCAGGGCAGGACCGUGAUUCAAAACUGUCAUGCCAAAACGGUGCACAGAAUGGUGAGUCGUCCUCCGUCGGCGCAGGUCACUCAAACGGACUUCUGUCAGUCACUAACAAUGGAAAUGCUGUCAGCAACAACAACGGAGUUUCAGCCCAGCCCACGUCCAACAACAGCACGUCGGAUGCCAACUCUGGCGUCAAGAAGAAGAAGCGUCUGUCUCAGUCUGAGGAGGAUGUCAUCAGGCUGAUAGGACAACAUUUAAACGAUUUAGGUCUCAAUCAGACAGUGGACCUUCUCAUGCAGGAAUCAGGCUGCAGACUGGAGCACCCAUCUGCCACCAAGUUCCGCAAUCACGUUAUUGAAGGAGAGUGGGACAAGGCUGAGAGUGACCUGAAUGAGCUGAAGGCAUUGAUGCAUUCUCCAAGUGCUAUAGUGCGGAUGAAGUUCCUGCUGCUGCAGCAGAAAUAUCUGGAGUAUCUGGAGGAUGGGAAGGUCUUGGAGGCUCUGCAGGUCCUCAGAGCUGAACUCACUCCUCUCAAGUAUAACACAGAGCGUAUCCACAUCCUCAGCGGGUACCUGAUGUGCAGUCAUGCAGAGGACCUGCGAGCCAAAGCUGAAUGGGAAGGCAAAGGCACUGUAUCCCGGACAAAGCUGUUGGACAAGCUCCAGACAUACUUGCCCCCAUCAGUGAUGCUGCCUCCUCGCCGCCUGCAAACUCUGUUGAAGCAGGCAGUGGAGCUGCAGAGGGAGCGCUGUCUCUACCACAACACCAAACUGGACAGUGGUCUAGAUUCUGUGUCUCUGCUGCUAGAUCACGCCUGCAGCCGGAAGCAGUUCCCUUGCUACACACAGCAGAUUCUUACUGAACACUGCAAUGAAGUCUGGUUCUGCAAGUUCUCCAAUAAUGGCACAAAACUGGCAACUGGGUCCAAAGAUACCACAGUCAUUGUUUGGCAAGUCGACAUGGAAACCCAGCAGCUAAAGUUGAUAAAGACUCUGGAGGGUCAUGCUUAUGGAGUUUCUUACCUGGCAUGGAGCCCUGAUGAUAACUAUCUGAUAGCCUGUGGUCCUGACGACUGCUCUGAGCUGUGGCUGUGGAAUAUACAGACGGGGGAACUGCGAACAAAGAUGAGUCAAUCUCAUGAGGAUAGCCUUACCAGUGUGGCUUGGAAUCCAGAUGGCAAACGCUUCGUCACUGGUGGCCAGCGAGGCCAAUUCUACCAGUGUGAUUUGGAUGGAAACCUGCUGGAUUCAUGGGAAGGAGUACGGGUGCAGUGCCUGUGGUGUCUGACUGACGGCCGGACCGUCCUCGCAUCAGACACCCACCAACGCAUCCGGGGAUACAAUUUUGAGGACCUGACAGACAGAAACAUAGUACAGGAGGACCAUCCCAUCAUGUCUUUCACUGUUUCAAAAAGUGGAAGAUUAGCUCUGCUCAAUGUUGCUACUCAGGGAGUGCACCUGUGGGACCUGCAGGACCGUGUGCUGGUGAGGAAGUACCAAGGGGUGACCCAGGGCUUCUACACCAUCCAUUCAUGCUUUGGGGGACACAAUGAGGACUUUAUUGCUAGUGGCAGUGAAGAUCACAAAGUUUACAUCUGGCACCGGCGCAGUGAGCUGCCUAUCGCAGAGCUGACUGGUCACACCCGAACAGUCAACUGUGUGAGCUGGAACCCUGUCCUGCCUGGACUGCUGGCUAGUGCCUCAGACGACGGAACUGUCCGAAUCUGGGGGCCUGCCCCAUUCCUGGAUGUCCAGGAUGCAGAAGGGCUUAAUGGUAUGCACACUAAAAUUAGUAUGUGUAGUUGUUAGGAAAGCAUUUGAAAGUUGUGUGUGAAAUGAGUGUGUGAAAUCAAAAGAGCGAAGGGUACACAUUUCUCUCACUGUUGUGUUUGCUGGAUUAUCUUUGAGACAUUGCUUUCAACAGUUCAUAUACACUGAUCAGCCACAGCAUUAAAACUGUUGACAGGUGAAAUGACGUUACAAUGGCACCUGUCAAAGUGAGAUAUAUUUGGCAGCAAGUGGAGUGUCAGUUCUUGAAGUUGACGUGUUGGAAGCAGGAAAAAUGGGCAAGCGUAGGGAUCUCAGUGAUUUUGACCAAGUCAUCUAGCUAUCACAAUUUGGUCAUUACCAAAGCAUCUCCAGAAUGGCAACUAAUGUUGGUAGCUUCCUGUUUGCACCUACAAAAACCGAUGGGACAGCAACAGGGUCAUGGGCAGCCAAGGUUCAUUGAUUUGCAUAGAGGAAUGAAGGCUGGCCCAUGUGAUCCAAUACCACAGAAGACUGUGGCACACAUUGCAGAAAACCUUAAUGCUGACUAUCAUAAAAAGAUUGCAAAUGGGGCUGCAUUGCCACAGACCAGUCAAGUGCCUGUGCUGACCCCUGCGCAUUGCCUAAAGCAUGUAAAAUAGUGAGUGUCAAAACUGGAACAUGGAAUAAUGGAUGAAGGUGGACCGGUCUGAUAUAUCCUAUUUUCUUUGCGUGUGUUGUUCACAUGGCAAAGAGAUGGCAGAAGAAUGCACUUUGGGAAACAGACAAGCUGGUGGAGGCAGAGCAAUGCUCUGAGCAAAAUUGAGCUUAAAAUACUGAGUCAGAGAAUUCAUGUGGAUGUUACUUUAAUGUGCAACAUUGUUGCAUUAUUUUAUGCUACUUCCAUUACAUCACAGAGGAGAAUUUUGUAGUUUGCUACUGCACUACAUUUGUCUGACAGCUUUAGUUACUUUCAGGAUGAGGAUUUUACACAAUUGGUGAUGGAACAAUUUUUUUUUUACAGAUUAAACCCAUGGUUUCCUAACUUUCUGGUUUCUUUUAAAAAGUAGUGUGCAUUUUAUGUCACAUUCCAGAUGUCUAUGAGUUGUUAAAGCUUCACCAAACUGUACCAGUAACACUUCUCACAUGAUUUCUUUUCAGUAAAUGUUCUAAUGAUCAAAUAUCUCACUAAAAUUAGAGACUGGUUUAAGAGCUGAAAAAGAUUUGUGUAUCAAAACUUAUGUUUUUCUUCUUUACCUGUCACAUUAAUCAGACACCUGCAGCAGCUACAACAGUAACAUGCUACUGACACAUUGAUGCAUUUUUAGUAUUAUAUAGUAUGAAUGAUCAAUUGAUGUCACAUAUAUAAUAAUCAGAGUGACCAAACCGGGACUUUUAUUUUAAGCUGUUAAAUACAUUUUGCUCCCAAUACUUUUGAACCUUUUAUAUAAGACAGAUUUAUUAUACAGGACUUUAACAUGUAAUAGCAUUUUUUGCACUUCCAUAUUUGUACUUAAUCUUAGGAUUUAAAUACUUCUCUCACCACUCUUGAAAUAGAGUAAAAUUAGCACCUUAGAUGCAAUUGGAAAAUUAACUUUACUUUAGAAUAUGUGCCUUGUGUGGUUAGUCACAUUUAAGAGGAAACUAAAUAAAUAAAUCUUUGAAUAAGAAUAAUGAAAAUAGGAGAAAUGUCAAUGAAUGGACCUUCGAGUGUUACCUUACAGGACUAGGUUUUUAUGGAGAUGCUCAGCUUUUUACUAGUGAAGUUUCAGAAUGCUUUAGAGGGUUUGUGUUUGCAUUACCAUACUUGUGUUUGCAUUUCCAAAUUUUCAGAUCUGUGCAAGUCAUCAGCUCAGUACACACAGUCAAACUGCUCUGUGAGGGUGCAUCUAGAUUUAAACUCUCUAAAUUCACACAUAUUUCUUUGUUGACAGUUUCACCACCAUUCUACAAUUUUAAACGGAUAAAUGUGACAUAUAUAUGUGUGUGUGUGUGUGUGUGUGUGUUUUGUUUUUUAAAUUUUAAAUCCAAUGUUUAUUUCAGCCAUACUGUUAAUGCCAGCAAGACCGAUUAAAGAUGGAGGGAUUCUUACCAACAUCUGCUAUCCAGCUAGUUGUUUCUCCUAUUUUUUCUAUCCUCUCUCUAUCACUGAGGGUAGACUAAAUCUUAGAAUAACUUCUCAGUAAAACACUACAGUUGCACAAACUACAGACUCCAAAAUUGCCAUAGAGUUGACUCAGCACUUACAGUAACUUAAUAUUUAAACUUGAUGAUGGGAGGAGUUGGAGCAGAGUUGCUAGAUUAGACUGCCUUUUAAAGUGAAAAUUCAGUGUAUGUACCAAAUUAAACACCAAUCAUUGUUGUGAUGCUCCUGUUAAAAAGAAAUGGUAAUUGGUUGUGACUCCAUGUGACACAAGUGAUUUAUUUUCAAUCAUUGACAGCAAAAAAAAAUCUUUUAUCAUUUGUGCAAUUGGUCUGGUUUAUUGUAGUGUCCUGACUAAUAAAACAAAACAAAACAAAACAAAAACAAUGAUGAGGUCCAAGCAUAGCUUCUGGUGACACGGAUGACAACCUGUGGUCUUUACUUUCCCAUCAGAAUGUUGCAGCAUGGAUAGCUGAUGAUCUGCUACUGCUGUCAACCUGACAAGCAUUAAGACUCUGUAGACACUUGAAUGGAUGACGCGGGGGAAGUUUCGGUGAUAUGGGCGGCUACUUCCUGGAGGUGUGGCCAGAAGUCAGGAUCUCACACAGAGAUGUUAAACUCAUUCAAAUUAUUGAGAGAACAGUUGUCCCAGUGAAGCUGGGCUCCAGGACGUCAAGUAUCUGACUCAACUCCUCCUCCUGUCUGGACCUGUUCCCUCAGCACUGUACAGGACCACUCAUGUCCUGUUAUUUAUUAUCAGCUAGGUUAUUUAUUCAUGAGUAGUGCUAGGCUGUGAUGUAGCAGUACCUGAUGGAGGGUGUGUGUUAUCUUCAGUCCCCUGUCUGAGCUGCUCAUAUAAAGAGGCUGCAGCUUUUUUUCCUUAUUUACCUCCUGAACAUUCUUAGGAGAGUCUACUUGUAGGAACAUUUGAUGGAUAUAACAUCGACUUGAGGAGUAACUUCUGACCGGAAAAAUUUAUGUUAUCUUGUCUUUUUAUUAAAAGCAGAAUACCUUUCAUAUUUUUUUUCUCUCUUUACCUUUCCUGCUUAUAUCCAGAGAAAGAGUAGUAUCUGAUGAGCAUGUUGCGUAGGAUUGCACGAGAUGGCAUUUUGAUUCCUUACCCAUGUUUUACACUUGCAGUGCUAUAACUGUUGAAAUGUAUUGAGUGGUUUGUUGCCUUCUGAAAGCAUACAGCAGCUAGUGUAUGCAAACCUGUAGAGUUCAAGGGAUUAUCUGUGGACCCCUACCUUUCUCAUAUAAAUUACAAAGUGUAGCUUUCCUUGUGCAUCAGUUUCCUUUCUGCACUGUUUGUUUUGUACCUUGUUGCAGGUUACUGCUGUCUCUACCAAUAUAUUUUUGCUUUGGUGUAGUUAGUUUAGUUUAUAUGUUAAGUUUUGUGUGUUUUUUGUGUGUUUUUUUUAGUUAAAAUACACAUUUCAUAUAGACAAAAAAUCCAAUGAAACUGACUUCCCUGCUCUAUGGCUUGCUGAAGAUGAUGAUCUUGGAGGACAUGCAUUUGUUGGAGAUUUUUUUUCAGUGAUGGAUGAGUCCACAUUUGGUGCCCUUGUAAGUGUUUAGGGCAGCAGGAUGGUGUAUGUGGGACUGGGACAAAAAGAAAAUGUUGGAGUUCAUGACUUUUUUUUUUUUAGGUCUUCUGGACAAAAGUGAGCCUCUUUGCGUUAGAGGAAUGUCAUAUCUACAGCUUUGUUGCCCUUGUUAGAAUGCAUUCAUUUUAUUGAUCAGUAAAUGUUAAAACACAAUUAAAAGACAAAAACAGAAAAUUACCAGCCUGAUCCUUUAUGUAUCCUUCAUCCUUUAUUUACACUUCACCGGUGAGUUGGAGGGACACAGUAACAAAAUGAUGACAGUGUCUUCAACAGUCAGUGUGUGACACAUAUGUACACAAGUGUAACAUAACGUAAUUAUGAAAUAUAAAAGUGUUUUCAGAGAGUCGCAAGAACAAUCUUGCUGGAUGCGUUGUUCUAUGUAAUAUGUGCUGUAUAUUUGUAUGUUAUGGCAUGUAUUAUGGGGCUGUGUACAAAUGGCAAACAUGAUGAUGUGUGUUUUUAAGGGUUCCCAUUGUUGUUCUAUUCACUGUCAAAUUCUAAAAGGUUUCAGCUGCUUUUUAAGAGCUUCACACCACAUUUUUUAUUGCACACCUGUUAGCAGUUGCAAAUGUACACUUUCUAUUUUAUGUUAACACUGAAAAUUAGUUUUAGGAUUCACAAACUUCAGUGCAGCCAAAAUUGCAUUUCAGCAUGUAUUUAUUUUUGUCCAAACUGCUUCUAUAUAUUCUGUUUACAAGUUAAUUAGAAUGAGGAUUCUUUUUAUCAAACAUUUCCAGUCCUCAACAAAUACUGCAGGACUGUGGGAACUCUGUUUAUCUGGUUAGACACCACUGCAGCUAUCACUAGCUUCACCAUUUUCAUCACAGAACACACACGUGAUGCACAACAAUAGAUGUUUCUCACAGAGUUAAGUCAGUCACAGCUGUGGUGUUCUACUUUCUUUUUCUGUGGCCCUUUUUCAUUUGUUUACAUUUGUUUAAGUAUUUCAGGCUUUCUUCAUUUCUCUUCCAGCUAAAAGAAGCCAAAGUAGGAACUAUGUUUGCUUGCAGGCAGUUUCUGCCAGAGACCAUUUUACAUUUUAAACGUGUUAUUACAGAAAGUGAUUGUACUGUUCAGUAUAGUUCUGUAGGAGAUUUGUUAUGUGUGCAUAUUUUAAAUAAAGCAAUCAGGGUUUUAAAUUAA